AUAAUCAAUCUCAAUCCAUAAAAGUAAUGAACAUGAAGCCCAAUUCCAAUUACCCCCUUUAAACGCAUCACUCUCUCUCUUCCCCUGCUUCUCUCCUCUCUCCAUUUUUCAAACUCCAUUUUUCGAUUAAUUAUAAAACUUCAAAAAAACGCCAUAAAACUCCAAACAAUUCGAACACACUCACUCACUCACAUUCUCUCUCAUCAUCUCAAAUUCAAUCAAUCGAUCCUCUAUUUAAUCGAUCACAACGAACAAAAAUCACUGGUUAAUUACAUUUUCAGGAUCUGAUGAGUUCCGAAUUGUAGUUAUUUCUUCGAUUUUUCCAGAAAUUUAUUAUGAGUGGAGCAAGAUUGUGUGGAUUGUUAGGGGAGCUAGGGUUUGAAGGUCACCAGAAAUUGGACCCAGAUAGCUUUGAAUGGCCUUUUCAAUACGACGACGCUCGACCUAUUCUUGACUGGCUUUGCUCCAAUCUCCGUCCUUCUAAUGUUCUAUCUCCUUUGGAGGUUUCUCAGUAUGAGCAGUUUAUACAAGAAGGAAAGUUCUUGGAGGGGGAAGAUUUGGAUUUCGCCCAUGAUAGUAUAUCUGCCUUUUCCGCUAGGAGAGACAAUCAGGAGGCUGUUUUUGGCGCUGAAGAAGGGCUGAAGGAAAUUAGGGAUGCAACUUCGGCAUACAAAGCUGAAGCUCUAGAGCUGCAGAGACAGCUUAACCAGCUGCAGUCUCAAUAUGAUACACUCACUGGCCAGGCUUCAUCUUUGAUCCAAGGGAAAAGAGCAAGAGUUGUAGCAACAUCUUCUGUUACAGGACAACUUAGUACAAUGGAAGAUAGCCUUUCAUCAAAAAAUGUGGAGAUGAAUGCAGUUCUUGGAAGGAUUGCUUCAACUGCACAGGAGUUGGCGCAUUAUCAUUCUGGAAAUGAUGAAGGCAUAUAUUUGGCAUACUCAGAUUUUCAUCAGUACCUAAAUAGUGACUCAGCUUGUUCAAAGGAACUAAGUCAGUGGUUUUCCAAGCAUUUGGACUCGGUCCCAUUUCGGCUAGUUGCUCAGGAUGGAAAAGCUAAAUGCUCUUGGGUGAGCUUGGAUGACAUCUCGAAUGUUCUCGUUAGAGAUUUAGAAAAUUGUCAUCAUCAACGUGUCUCUGAGCUGCAAAGACUUCGCUCCAUAUUUGGGACAAGUGAGAAGCAGUGGGUGGAGGCUCAAGUAGAGAAUGCUAAGCAGCAAGCUGUUCUUAUGGCACUUAAAUCCCAAGUUGCUUCAGAUGAAGCUCACAUUCAUAUGGACCUCCAUUCUCUCAGGAGGAAACAUGCAGAAUUAGUGGGAGAGCUUUCAAAUCUUCAUCACAAAGAAGACAAGUUUUUAUCAGAGACUAUUCCUGAUCUUUGUUGGGAAUUGGCUCAACUUCAAGACACGUACAUUUUGCAAGGUGAUUAUGAUUUAAAAAUCAUGCGUCAGGAGUUCUAUAUUAAUCGGCAAAAGGCGUUCAUCAAUCAUUUGAUUGACCAGCUUGCAAUACAUCAGUUUUUAAAGAUAGCAUGCCAGUUGGAAAAGAAAACAAUGCUUGGAGCAUAUUCAUUGCUUAAAAUUAUCGAGUCAGAACUUCAGUCAUACCUCUUGGCAACAAAAGGACGAGUGGGUCGUUGUCAAGCCUUGACUCAAGCUGCAUCUGAUGUACAAGAGCAAGGGGCCGUAGAUGACAGGGACAAUUUCUUGCAUGGUGUUAGAGAUCUUUUAAGCAUAUAUUCAAAUGCCCAAACUAGUGCCUCAACAUAUGUAUCAGCUCCAGGAAUUGUUCAACAAAUAUCUAGCCUCCAGUCAGAUUUGACGACUCUUCAAUCUGACCUAGAAAAUCUGCUUAUCGAGGAUCGAAAUAGAUGCAUCAAUGAGCUUUGUACUCUAAUUCAGAGUUUGCAGCAGUUGCUAUUUGCCUCGUCAACGACAGCGCUUCCUGUACUGACACAAAGGCAAUUGACCAAGGAGCUUGAUGAAAUGGAAAAGAUCAAUGCAAGACUCUCUGCUGCUAUUGAGAAUGUUAAUUUUGAACAUUACAAGAAGAACGAGAUUGUCAAACAUCACACAUCUGAGGUAGAGUUCCAAAGGCGUGUUUUUGUUGAUUUCUUUUGCAACCCUGAUCGUUUAAGGAGCCGAGUAAGAGAGUUGACUGCUCGAGUCAGAGCUUUACAAGCUUCAUGAUGUUCCUCGAUCUCUUUAAGCGUGUAUGUAAGAUUUAUGGGUGAUUUGGGAUGUAUUGUGUGUAUAUUAAGUUUUGGUUGGAAAGGUAGUAGAGAGUUUCACAGUGUUGUAAAACUUGCCUCAGUCAAUAUUAAUCAAUUACAUGAUGAAAGUGUUCAUUUGUGCCCAAAAAACUUGAAUCAAGUUUGAGAUCAUUAGACGUUUUUCUGCUA